AUGCUUUCUCCAGCACCGGUCAGCGCCGCGCGAGGACGAAGUCGCUCACCCACUCUACAAGCACACUCUACUGCUCCAUCGACCGGCUUCUUGCCACGUCUCGGCACCCAUGUGAGUGAGCCAGAGGACGAGUCGCGGUCCCUGGCGAUCCCUGCAACGACGAGAAAGCGCAAGAACAUGUCAAUCUCGCAGUCAAAAGUCAUCGAGAUUCCUAGCGACAGCGACGAGGCUACCAUAGUUGUCAACACUCGGAAGAGGCGCAUGAGGAAGAGAACAACAGAUCAGCGUCGCUCAGCUACUCGCCAAUUCCGACGGCGGCGCGGCGUUGUACAGGACGUGUUUGAGGGCUAUCCGUCAGAGACAGACAACGACCGGGAUCUCGAUUUCGAUGCUUCAAACCUCACACAAUCAUCGGCCAGUGCGCCAGUGACCUCAGACACCGAUGAUCGCAAUGCCACAGACUGUCUGCUCAGCCAUGAUGAUGCAAGUGAGUCUGAGAGCGAUGAUCUGGCGAACGGUCGCAUCGUCAAUCCGUUUUCAUACGAGCAGAUGAUCCCCGACCUGAGCUCCGACCGCCAACAAGAGGUGCGGGCCACCGGCGCAGACGAUCUCAUAGCCAAUGGCAAGGGCGAUGAAGCAUAUCACGCGCUCGAGGAUGUCAGUCUACGGCAAAUAUGUGCCGCUCUCAGCGGAUACGUCUCUCCGACAUGCGAACGAGUUGCCUGGCUAAUUGAAGCACUGGAACUGGGCAAAUACAGUCUAGAGCGCAUCCGUUUCAUGAUCGAUUGGGGACUGCCAAUGCGUAAGAUUAUUCACGGUCGAUUUCAUGUCGUUAUGACUCGUUCGCAUCCACCUCUCCUAGCCAUGACAGCGACCCGUGAAGUCACCAUCCAGCGUGGACGCCAAUUACCAUCGACGCAAAACAAGGAGGGAAAGGCAUGCUUCUCUUUCAAGAUCGACUCCUACACUGAUGAGACGCUGCGCACGUCGAUCAGUAUGAACGCAUACUUCAUUCUCCGAGGCGUCAUCCCGGACCUGCAUCCAUGGAAGGACAAUGAGUCUAUGGAAGAUGCCAGUCCGCAUCUGAAUCUCAACUCCGGAUGCAUGUAG